CACUCUCAAAGUUGAUUCUCAUACCAGUACACAAUCAGUGUUUGCCUAUAAAAAAGGUGUAACUAAUGCACAGCAUAUUGUACUAAAUGAUACCACAAAUAAUAUCACAAACAAUGCCACAAAUAAUACUAUAAACAAUACCACAAAUAAUACUAUAAACAAUACUACAGAUAAUACUAUAAAAAAUACUAUAAACAUAAAUGAUAUAAUGAAUAUAAACAAUGCUAUAAAUUGUGCAAUGAGUGUGAAUAAUGCUAUAAGCAAUGCUAUGAAUUAUGCUAUAAACAAUGCUAUAAGUAAUGCUGCAAAUGAUUUUGUGAAUGAUGCAAUAAUUAACAGUGCACAAAUUCAACUCUUUGAUA